CUUCUAUUCUUUCUUUUCUAACCCAUGCGUAAUCAUGGAGUUCAUGACCGCCCUCCAGGGCACCUUCGAUGACCAAAAACCCUCUCUCUUUGAACUUCUUUCCGAGCAACAACUCUCCUCUCUCCUCCCACCCUCCCUUCGCUACCUGCUCGCCGUCGCAACACACCGGCACCCACGCUAUCUCCUGCGAAUCCUCAACUCCUUCGAUGAGCUAUACGCUCUACUCAUGCUGCUUGUUGAGCGGCACUAUCUGAAAACGCACGGCGGGGGAUUCACAGAGAACUUCUACGGCCUGAAGCGUGAGAAGGCGUUAGCCGUGGGCGAGGUUCCCCGCGCUGCUAUCGCGGCGCCGAGCCAUGUACGGGAGGCGCUGACGCUGACAAAUGCGGAUAUAUGGAAGAAUCUGGCGGUGAUGGUGGGCAUACCAUAUCUGAAGAGGAGACUGGACGAGGGGUACGAGAUCAAUGCGCCGCGAGCGUUGCUGGGAGGGAAUUAUACGCGCAUGCCUGUGAACCCGACGUGGAAGCAGAGGUUCAUGCAUUAUUAUCGUUGGUUCUUGCGGAAUGUGUAUCCGAGUGUCAAUGCGGCGUAUUAUUUCUCCCUCUUGGCGUUCAAUGUUGCGUAUCUGUUCGAUAACAGCAAAUACCAUUCGCCGUUCAUGUGGUUGAUCGGGACGCGGAUGCGGAGGUUGGGAGAGGCUGACUAUAGAGCCAUUGCUGCGCUGGAUAAGCCGAGGGAUGUCCCUGGUGGGGGGAACCUAGGGAUUACGUCGUUUUUCAAUCCUAGAAUGUUGGGGCCCAGGUUAUUGGACAGCUUGAAGUUUCUCCUUCCAACGAGUAUUUUCGCCCUCAAGUUUCUGGAGUGGUGGCAUGCGUCAGACUUCGCGAGGCAGCUAUCAAGAAAAGCAGCCGAGGGAAUCGAGUUACCGCCUCCAAUUAUAUCCGGUCUCUCCACGCUAUCCGUUAAAUUCGGACCAGUCGGUCCCAAGGCCAGUACUUCCGACUCGGAGAAAGAGGAUAAACAGGAAGAGAGCGAAACCAAGAACCCGCCAAUAGCCGCCGGCUCCCUCUUACCAAUCUUCACGGUCUCCAUCCCUGAGGACUCUGAGCUGUGCCCCAUAUGCGAGAAGGAGAUCACGACAGCCACGGCGUGCCAGACGGGGUUUGUAUUCUGCUAUACGUGUAUACAUAGGUGGAUUGAAGGCAACCACGAGAAACAAGAAGAGUUCAUGAAAGACAGGGAAGGCAAGUGGGAAAGUGGGAAAGGCAGAUGUGCUGUCACUGGUCGAAGGGUCCUCGGUGGCACGGAGGGCCUGAGGAGGGUGAUGCUUUGAUUGAGGAGAUAUACUUAUGAGCAGAUGAUUUGGGGAUCAUUUAUGGCGUUGGAAAAUGUAUCAUAUAUGCAUGGGCUUGGCGUUGGUGGUAGUUGGGUUGGCAUACCCUCUUUGGACUUGUUCUCCUAUAGCUUUCUGCAGAAGCUUUGUGAAAUCUCAAGAAGGCAGAGUUUAUAUAAAGCCAGAGGCUUAGAGUUAGUGCUCCGAAAAGUAUUUUUGAGACGAGAACAGUCAUCAUUCUCCUCAAUAGAUUCCAUGGAUUCGGGA